AUGCCCUUGACACAGGUAUCAGUGCCGCUAGCACAGUUGGAAUCACCAACGGCAAGCUCGCCGCACGCCUUACGAGACCGCUAUAUUGAGGUCUGGAGUCAGCGACUAGCCUUGAGCUCUACUCCGAGAUUUUUAGGGGCGACGAGCUUUUCAGCCGUUUACAGUGAGAAUGAGGCCAGUCUGAAGGGAAACGAGUCAACCACGCCGCCACGGCUGCCGCAACUUAAUCUGCCCAGCGUACAGAACUCCAUCGUUGCAGUCGACCCUCGUCAAAUCCAGCUCGGCACAGAAUUGCUGUCCCUCAUUUUUGAGGACUUGCAUUGUAUCGCCGGACUGCGAUCGCCUGCGAAGAACGAAGUAGCAAAGGCCUGA